CCGAAGAUGGCGGUUGGGGGCCGCGAGGAAGAGAUCAGUUGUUGAGGCAUUUGUGGAUCUUUGAUGACAACGUGGUUGCUACAAACGAAAGUGCUUUCACUUAAAGUAUGUUGGUAGCAAAGUCCUUUGGAAUGUCUUAAGGUGGUGAAAAACACUAUGAUAAGAACUAUACUGAAAAUGUGAUCCAAACCCUGCAAUCACAACUUCUCUAGUUUGUCAUGUUGCCAAAAGGAUCAGUAAACUGAGAUUGAGAACAUGAACAAGAUAUUGUGACUACUCAAUUCUAUGUUCGCGCUGAUGCUCUUUUCAACAUUCUUGUCAAGAACAACAGCUCCAGUCCUGGAAAUUGAGAUUGUGCUUAUCUGAUUGAUUGUCCACUAGCCAUGACUGUCAGAUUGUUCAGAAUCUUGGAACUGUCUCCAUAUUUGAUGAAAAGAACUUUCUGUUUGAGAUCCUGUCUGGGAAGUAUUCCGCUGCUUGGGAUCAGGCCCUGUGACAAUUUUCGAAGAAAUGCUGUGUGCUGCCCAUGGAAAGGCCAAGAUGGAAGAUCACCAGACUAUGGGCUAACACCAAGCUCCCUAAACCUGAAAGGGACAGCUUUUGUGCAAAUGGUGCAUUGGCAAUCUCCACAUUGUAUACAGUGUGCAAACAUAAGGAAACAGUUUUAUUCCACUGUGACAGGCAGCAAUAAAAUUAUUCCCAAACAGAAAGUACUGUCACCUAAAAGACCUCUUAAAGGGCCUCGGACCAAACAGCCGUCGAGGACCAACCAGCCAGCUCUUGCAGAUGUGGAGGAUCUAAUGAAAUGUACAGCCUUUGCAACAGCAGAUGAGUAUCACCUAGAAAACCUUUGCCAUGAUUUGAUGUCAAGUGGUUAUCAUGAGAUAACAGACCUGCCCAGAGAUGCCUCAAAUGUCCUGGUAAUUGGAACUGACAUGUUGGCCAAGCCAAAUGAUUAUGGAUUAAUUUUCUUAUUCAGGGAGGGCUCUGUUGUCUUUUGGAAUGUGGAAGAUAAAGCGGUGAAACGUGUAAUGCAAAUCUUGGAGCCACAUGAGAUCCAGCCUUAUGAAAUCGCUUUGGUUCAUUGGGAAAAUGAGGAAAUUAAUUACCGGAUUGCAGACGGGCAUUCAAAGCUGCAUAGAGGACAGAUUUUGUUGAACUCUGAUCUGGAGCUGGAUGAAUCUAUUUUGGAGAAGUUUGCAUUUUCAAAUGCACUUUCCCUGUCAGUAAAACUUGCCAUCUGGGAGGUGUCAUUGGAUAACUUUGUUGAGUCCAUUCAGUUCAUUCCUGAGAUGCUGAAAUCAGGAAAACAAGUGAAACUUACACGUUCUGAAGUCAUGCAGAAAAUUGGUGAACUGUUUGCCUUGAGACAUCAUAUAAAUUUGAGUUCCGAUCUCCUGAUGACCCCUGAUUUUUACUGGGACAGAGAAAACCUGGAACAGCUCUAUGAUAAAACUUGUCAAUUUCUGAAUAUUAACCGACGUGUAAAGGUGAUUAAUGAAAAGUUACAGCAUUGUACUGAACUAACAGACUUGAUGAGAAACCAUCUAAGUGAGAAACAUGGACUACGUCUUGAGUGGAUGAUCGUGAUCCUCAUUUCUAUUGAAGUCUUGUUUGAACUUGCACGUGUUAUUUUUUAAGUCAGAUUGGAAGUAGUUUGGAAUACAGUGAUCAAAGAUCAUAUCUUCAGGUGGGGCGUAAAGAAUAUCCUCCAGAAGGCCAGGUCAUUGUGGAAUGAGUGCAUUUUUAACAAUUCAGUUUCUAUCCAAUCUAUACUACUCAUUCACAAAAUCAAAUUGCACCCAUUAGUGGUUUUGCCUGUCACUCAGUGAUGUACUUGACUUUAUUUUUAAUUUCUGGAAUAUAUAUGUAUAAUGAAAAAUAAGCAAAACUGUUUUAAUUGUUAGUUCAGUUUAAUCAUGCAGGAACCAAGACUGAAUAAACUUGAAUUUGUAGCAAUUUUGUUUUACAGAAAAUGUUUGAAACUGGCAUGUAAUGAAGCAAGGACACUGUGGUACCUUUGGAAGCAGAGUAAUAUCUUCUUGUGCGUCCUUUGGGGUAGAGGGGAACUGUGUAUGGGCUAUUAUUUUAGAACUCUGGAACCUUAGGAUUGGCUAAGUCUCCUUAGACAGCAUGUCCCAAAUGCACAACCACUACCAUCGAGAAGGACAAGGGCAGCAACCACAUGAAACAUAUUUGAGCAAACAAUAAUACUUUACCACACUAGUUAAAACAGUAAUACAAUGCACAAUACAUGUACAACUUAUUUCUAACAACGAGAAAUAAAAUAUGGUAACCAUAGUUAAUAUAAUGUGAUCAAACACCCCACAAUCAAGGCAGAUACACAGAUUUAUCUGCCACUCCCUGCAAAUGUUCAUGACACUGUGGGUCAUCAAAUCUGGUUAAAGUUUACAAGUUCUUUUGGCAGUUUACUGCUGAAACUUCCCCUCCAGAGCCAUUUAAUUACACUGCCUGAACAACUGUUCCUGCUCUGGUUGAUCAGCCUCUUUUCCUGACCAGAUGCUUCCCUGGACUCUGAAAACUACCGUCCCUAAGAGACACAACUUCAACCUUUCAUCAACUGCUGGUUUCACCGAGGAACAUCAGUUCCUGUGUUCUUCCUGAGCUCUAAUCAUGCUCUGUGGUGUGAAGCAAAUGCUUCUUAAAGGCUUUUCAAUCCUGACUGUCAGCUAUGCUGAUUGUUAGUGGCACCUGACUUCUUGUGAGCCAUCACAACCUGCAGGAUUUUUCCUAAUCCCCAACUGCAAUACCUAGCUGCCUAAUAACUCCUAGAACUUGGCCUGAGUUUUAACAGCACAGAGUAUCCAACUGUCUUGGACUUAACUACUAUAACUGUGUAGUUUAGUCUUACUGCAGGGAAGGCAGCUAAUAAUCAGCACUUCCAACGUGGAGUCUGUUAUCUGUCUCUCUCUUUAACUGCUCUUCAAUUAUCCCUGAAUGACCUAUUGAAAACCUCGCGUAAGCCCCUCCUUUGUUGCUGGGCAGAGUUAAAUUUUGCCACCUAAAAUCUUUUCAAACUGACUGUUCCAUGAAAUGUUACCAGUCAUAGAUUUCUGGCUUUCUCUAUGCAGGAAUAAAAUUGAAAUAACUGGAAGUUUUUAUUACAACUGAUAAAAUUAUUCGGAGGCAUAUUCUGAAUCAACUUGAAAUAUUUAUCACAACAGACAGAAUAUCGUUUUAUGACUUGAAGUAAUUUAAAUGAAAAUACACACUAUAUAUUUUUCAUGCCUACUUAGUCUUUCUCUUCAGCAAAAGAGAUGUGACAAAGUAUAAUAAAGUAAAUAAAGUCUCCAUCAUCUUACCAGAGCAUAGGGCUGCUGUCUCAUUAAAGAGAGACGACUGAUGGUUGUUUAACCUGAAGAUCACUAGGCCCUCAGGCAUGGUUGAGAAGGAGAGUCCUUCGUGGUAAUCUCAACCAGUGCAGGAAUAGAAUGUAUGUUGUUGAUGUUCCUCUGCAUUGCAAACUAGUCAUCUAGCCAUCUGAUCUAACUGAUUCCCCAUCCACACUAAAGGAAAAUAGAUAACUUUAUUAGUAUGUAAUAUUCCCUGCAUUAUUUUUGCUACCAAGACUAAUAAUCUCAUGUUUCAAUGUCAUCCAAGUUAUUUGUUUGAAUGAAUUCUUCAAUACUUUACUUCCUAUGCAGAAGAAUCUCAGAAGAGUUAACAACACCCUUGUUAACUUUGACAGCUCAUGACCAAUGAGUUUGUUUGAGAGUCAAUAUCUGAAAUUCACAAGCAGUAAUGCUGGCCGAGGGGCUGGAACAUUCUUCAGAAGAGGGUCAGUUCUGACAUCAAACAGUAAUGCUUUCAUAAAAGAACUAAAAUCUACUGCCUAUUUCUAAUUGGCUAAUUCAUCUUUUUUGCCAAGCAAAGAAGAUGACUUUGAAUUAAAGUAGUAGAUGUUCUAUUAUGAUGUUAAACUGCAAUACAAUUUAUUGCAGAUAACCAUGAAAAUAAAUACAUAACAUAGCUAUGCUUGUAUCUGCAGAGUUGCUGAAUAACCCUGGGGCAAAUGUUUUACACAGAGGGUGGUUUGCAUGUGGAAUGAACUUCCUGAGGAAGUGGUGGAUGCGGGUACAAUUACAAAGUUUAAAAGACAUUUGGAUAAGUGCAUGAAUAGGAAAUGUUUGGACGGAUAUGGGCCAGGAGCAGGCAGGUGGGACUAGCUUAGUUUGGGAUUAUGUUCAAAACAGACUGGACCGAAGCGUCUGCUUGCACGCUGUAUGACUCUGUGGCCAUUAUCAUGGCUAUGAAACAGACUGUCAGUAGCUACUUCAGUAAUGUGAAAAAUUAUUUUCAAAAACCAUCAAGAAAGCUACCACUAUUCUACAGAGACAGCAUGACUAUUGAUUUUGUGCUAUUUUCAGAACACAGAAAAUCUGUGUUGGGAUUAUUACUGUGUUUUGCCCGUUUCCUUAGUUUUUAUGAGUCAAAUGCAAGGAUUCCCCAGUUAAUGAACAUCCCUUUUAGAAAUGCCCAUACUUACAAAGGCGAUCUCAUACAGGGGUGUAAUUUUAAAGAUGUGACACGAAUAUUUCCUGUACUUACAAAUGGCUCCUUUACAUUGUCCUGCAUUAUGUUCCGACUUGUGACAAAUCGACUUGCGAACAGACUGUCAAACAGAACCCAUUCACAACCCAGGAUCGCCUGUGUAGUACUGUGUUCAUCUAGUUUUCUAUUUAAUUUUCCAUAAUAUAUUCCUACACUAGGGGUUUGGCUAUUUCUGGUGAAGGGAUAACAUCAGAAGCAAAUUUACUGGGCAUUUCUGCCUUAUUUUCAUUUAGCAAGCUAACUUCUGGAGGUUGUCAUGUUGUUAAUUAUCCCUUAAAUCUCACCUCCGUUCUUUACUUUCCUCUCCUUAUUUCCUAAACACUCCAUUAUCAUUUAUACUAGUCACUUCCUAUAUAGGUACAGAAAGCUCGAUUACGGUGUGAUAUGUAAGCUGCACUUUGUUGUAUUGAGAAUUCGGUGGUUCUUUUGUAUUGACUAUGGCAUUCACAGCCUAUUCCAAUGUCACAUUUGUCCACACUGACUGGAAGAAGUAUGUGUAAGCCAACUCUUGCAGAUCAGCAAUUCUGAGCUAACCAACAUAGUUGCUGCUAUUAUAGGUGAAGGAAAAGGAAUCUUAACUGCUGUUGGAUAAAGAUAAAGUUAUCACAGGCUGGUAGCUCUGAUGACCAUUUGAAUGUAAUGUAAUAUGUUUAUAAAAUUAUCCUAUAACUUACAUCAUUUGAUUUGUUUGUGAAAUUCUUUUGCAAAAGGUUUAGUAACUUGUUCUAAGAAUGAAUAAGUUCUGAUUUUGAUGUUUGCUGUAUUGUCAUUUUUAACAAUUUUUCAGAAAACCAUGUUGAACAUAAUUUGGUUUAUAUCGGUCAGUGCCAAAAUAGACUGACCAUGAACAGUGCCCUGCCAUCUUGGGUUUCACAGUCAUCAGUUUAUGAUCCCUUGGGUCUGAAGUUUGCUGGUUAGUUGAAAGGCUGCAUUGUUGCUACAACAGACAUUUGAUUCAAAUAGAAGAUUACAUAACUCAUUGCCUGCAUACCUCUCUCUUUUCCCUUGCCCCUACUCUGUUCAGUAACAGCCCAGCGAAAUUUUGGGUUAAUGUUAAACUCACCAGGAUGAAAUACUUUUCUGUUAAAUUGGCUAAAAAACACACAUGUUUAUCUCCUUGCCGUUCAGUGAAGCAGUAACAAUCAUGUUAGAUCAACAAUCUCCAUAUCUACAUAUAUUCUGUUAUCAGACCAGCAUAGAGAAAAGGGAGUUGAUUCUUGUGACCAGCAUGUGCUUAUUUGUCAGCUUUGAUCUGUUUACAGAGGAUCUUGUUUAAAUGAGGCUAAAUAGAUAUAACUUCCUUAAAUUAUCAAUGUAUUUGAAGUUAGCCACUGACCUAAAUAUUAAGCGGGAAUAGUUUCUAGACUCCAGAAACUAAUUUUUGACUUCUUCACAUUUUUCAUUAAUUUCACUUGGUUAUUUCAACCCAAAUCUAAUGCAGGUAGGAGAAUUUGCAUAGAAAUCCCCUAGGUUGUCUGCUUUAAUUUUGAUGCCAGGAGUAUGAGAGUAUAGAAUAAUUUCUAAAGAGACAUAACGUCAGGUGUUAUGCCCUACUCUGACUUCUUGAAACCCACAUUCUUUACUACUGAGGCUAACUCAUUUUGCUUUCAAUCAAAAUGGGAAGAGUGGAGGUCAUUUAAUUCUUGAAAAUUGGCUGCUGGCCUAUCACUUGUUAUUAUCGUGCUGAAGACAGUAUUGCAUUUUACUUGAAAUUAAUCAAAAUGCUGUUGCUAAUGAACAUUUGUAUUGAAUUACCAAAAUGUGCUAAUUUGUGAGAACGUCGUAAGUAUUGUUGACAAAAAUAUAAAGGUGAUGAGUGACCAAGUAAGUGAUGUUUGUUACUGUGAGUAUUUAGAAAAAUAUCUUCGAAAAUCAGUUGGGAAAUUUAGGAUUGUGCUGUAAUUCAUUGCGUAUUACACAUUUUCGUCUUGCACAUUAUACUCUUCAGAAUGCUGUAUAUUUCCCAUCUUAAAUUGUUUCAAUUGGUAAUAAAAUGCU